AUGAUUCUUCCACGAGUACUGCAUAGUUAUUCGCAUUACAUUACCUACUAUUCAAAAAUCUUCUUUUUGUGCUCGAUAUGUUUUGUAACUUAUUACGGGUUUUUACGGACGGAAACAGACUACUCCAAGCAUCCCCAUUUCAUUUACCUUCAGGCAAAGAAUCAACAGAAUUCGGAAUGUGUGAUUCCAGAAGUGGAUCCAUGGGAUCCAAGUAUUCUUUCAUAUUAUUCAAAACCUUCUUCUCUCGUAUGUUCUCCUGUGCAAGUUCAAGCUGUAAAGUCUUUUGAAAAUGGAAUAAUAACUUUAUUUCAGUUUGACGAGAGCCUUGUGAAAAAUGCCAAAUGCUACAAAGUAGAACUCAGUCAUGAUGAGAAUGUAACAGAUUUGGAUGUGAAAUAUGGAACAGCUGUGCUUUUGGAUCUUUCAAAAUCUUUGACAGUGGAGAUUCCAGAAGAAAUGUUCCAGAUAUCGUGUGAAUCUGAUAAUAUGCUGAAAACCGAGUUCUUCAAAUAUCAUUAUGCUCAAAUUAUUCCCAAAAAGGCAAAUUUAAAAAACAAACAAAUCCAGGAAUCCACUCCGGACUUUCCUUCUGUUAUCAUGAUUGGUCUGGAUUCAAUGUCUCGAAGCAAUUUCAUUCGACAGAUGCCAAAAACCUACAAAUAUAUGAAAGAUUCUGGAUUUAUUGAUAUGAAAGGGCACAUGAAGAUUCACGAUAACACAUAUGGAAAUCUACUAGCCAUUCUGACUGGAAAACGAGGCGUUAGUGUGCAGGAAUUCAAAGCUGAAAUGAAUGAAAGUUGGCAUAUUGCAUUCGAUGAAUAUGAUUUUGUUUGGAAAACAUUUAGUGAGAAUGGAUAUGCAACACUUUUUUCCGAAGACCGUCCUGAUAUUGGAACAUUCACUUACAAGAAUCUUCUUCGUGGAUUUCUUCAACAACCAACGGACCAUUAUCUACGUCCAUUCUGGAUAUCCGCAUUCUGGUCACUUAUUUCUAGACGAUCUGCCGCUUCGUGUUACGAUAACAAACCACAACACAAAAUUCAGUUGGAGUACAUUGAAAAGUUUCUGGAAAAGUAUGAAAAGAAACGGAAAUUCGCAUUUUGGUGGUCACAAGAUAUGAGCCAUGGGUUUCUGAAUCUGAUUGGAAGAACCGAUGAUGAUUUUGAAGAAUUCUUCAAAAAGAAUGAGAAACGAUUAGAAGAUUCUGUUGUCAUAGUUUUCUCAGACCACGGACACAGAUACGAUAAGAUUAGAGAGACGGUAAUUGGAAGGAUUGAAUCAAGAAUGCCAUUUCAUUCUAUUAAAAUACCAGAUGCUGUCACAAAGAAGUAUCCAUUUAUUAUUCAAAAUCUGAUUGCAAACUCUAAAUUGAUGACAACACAAUUUGAUGUAAAUGAUUCUCUUCGAAAAAUAGCAAGUGGUAGAAUCGGAGAAACUAUAACACGCACUGAUCUGAAACGAAGCUACUCAUACUUUGAUCCCUUCCCAAAACGAACAGGAUGUUUCGAAGCAGGUAUUCCAUCCGAUUUCUGUCCGUGCUUUUCGGAGAUUGAGAUCCCGAAAACUGAAGCUUUAGAAGCAGCAGGAGAGUUGAUGAUAAUAGUGAAUGAACUACUAGAGAAUACGGAACAGACAGAAGAGUACGAACAGGAUUCGAAAGAACUGAAAGAGUACAUGUGCACUCCUAUGGAAUUCAAUAAUAUUGAGUACUCAUCUGUCCGAUUACCCAUGCUGAGUGUUGUCAAUGAUAUCAAAUCGGUGGAUACACCAUUGCAGUCUUUCUCGUUACAAUAUCAUAUUGUUGUCCGGGCAAAGCCACCGAGCAAUGCGUUGAUUGAAUCCACACUCGAACAUAACUUGAAAACGGAUACAUGGUCUUCAUUGGGAGAAAUUGAAAGAAACAAUAAAUACGGAAACACAUCAUUUUGUGUGAAUGACCGGAUACUCAAGAAGAUUUGUCAUUGUAUUUCCCGAAAAACGGAUCCAGCUACUGCCAUUUUAUAA